AUGAUGCUUCUUACAUUGGUGGUGUUGGCGUUGUUUACGACGAGGGCUGACGGUGUGGCGGUGGUAUCGAACGACAUCCCUGACACGGGCAUCACAGAGAAUGAUACAGACAAGGAGAACCUGUUCUUUCAAGUUGGUAUCGCCUUUGACAAGGAGCUCGAUGUCAUGCAUGUAAAGGACAUGAUGUUCGCAGAGUACCUCACGAUGAUGCUUCUUACAUUGGUGGUGUUGGCGUUGUUUACGACGAGGGCUGACGGUGUGGCGGUGGUAUCGAACGACAUCCCUGACACGGGCAUCACAGAGAAUGAUACAGACAAGGAGAACCUGUUCUUUCAAGUUGGUAUCGCCUUUGACAAGGAGCUCGAUGUCAUGCAUGUAAAGGACAUGAUGUGUUCCGGCCAACGAUCAUCCAUGGGGCUGUCUACAUCUGGCUCUCCGAGCUGGUGGUACAGGGAUAUGAUACAGACAUACACCAACUGUACCUACGUGGACGGCAACCUCAUCAUCACGUUUCUUAGCGACGACAACAUCACCUACGACCUAAACUUCCUACGUAACAUACGGUACGUCCGAGGUUACGUACUGAUCGCGCUUGUUGAUGGACACUUUGAGCUGAACCUGCCGAGACUGGAAGUGAUCAGGGGAAACACGACAUUUGCGUUUGUUGGCGACCACUAUGGGCUGGCUGUGCUGCUUACUAACUUUACGGCAGUACGACUUCCCCGGUUGAAAGAGAUUACAAACGGAAAGGUUAUCUUUCUUCAAAACCUACCGGACAUUCGGGUAGAGAUAACAAGAGACUGGGACCAGAUCGUCGGAGGCAGGGAAAGCAGGCAUCCCGGGACUGUCACCAUCGAGAAUGAACCUCCCGUCGCCUGGCAUUAUGAUGUGUGUCCCUCUCGCUGCCCUCAGAGAUGCUACUGGUACGGAGCGGGAUGCUGUCACCAUCAGUGCGCCGGGGGGUGCUGGGGACCAUCCCCCAACCAGUGUGAGACGUGCAAGGAUUUCGAACUGGACGGCUGGUGUCUGAGUCAUUGUCCUCAUGACGCAUACUAUGGCAGAAGAUGUACACGGAACCCUGGUACAGAGGCAGACAUCAGAGACAUCACAGAUAUCACAGAUAUCACAGACAUCACAGAUAUUAGUGUACUCAGCCGUUUCCUUAUUUAUCUUGCAUUCAAUUAGGGAUAUCCUGAACUGAACGUAUCCUGUAUGAAUUUAAGAUAUCUCGAAUAGAGGUAAUCAUAGAUAUCUGCAAUGGAAUUCAUGGAUCUGAUGAAGCUUAUUUAUGAUAUCUUGAAAAGAAUGGCUGAUAUCGUAGAAUGGAUUAAUGAUGUAAGAAUAUGAUUUACAGAUAGGAAUAAUUCAUGUACUUAAAGGAGAAUACGAGUGAAUUGCAACAAUUUGCU